UCUAAAUCACUAAUCAUUUGAAUCAUGUUGACUUUUGGUUCAAUCUUGUUGUCAUUAAAUUCCAAUAGUUAUAGUUUAGUGUUGAUUGUUUUUAUUAUUUGUCUCUUUGUUUUAAUAUUGUUUAUAAAUAGACCAAUUAAUAUAAUCAGAGAUGCUAAUUGUGAUAAUAUCGCCAAUUUGAAACCAAUAUAUUCUUAUCCGAAUGGUUGGAUUGGUGUUUGUGAAUCAAUUUAUCUGAAAGAUCGUGAAAUUAAACGUGUUAAUUUCUGUGGUCAUCGAAUUAUUUUAUUACGAUUGUCAUCUUCCAAUAGAAAACCUUAUGCAUUGGAUGCUUAUUGUCCUCAUUUAGGAGCUGAUUUAUCGGUGGGUGGAAAAAUAGUGAAAAACUGUGAGACUGAUUGUAUCCGUUGUCCAUUCCAUGGAUGGUCAUUCAAAGUUACUGAUGGUCAAUGUGUCGAUGUUCCUUAUACCAAAGACCGAAAACCACCAAACGGAGUAGCAAUUAAGACAUGGGAAUGUCUGGAACUCAAUGGGUUCAUUUAUGUUUGGCAUCAUAACGAAGGUCUAAAACCAACAUGGGUCCCUGAAGAAAUCAAAGAGAUCACAGUCAACAAAUAUAAGUAUAUGGGCCGAACUGAGCACAUUGUCAACUGUCUAAUCCAGGAGAUACCAGAAAAUGGACCAGAUUUCGCUCAUCUCAAUGAAAUUCAUACACCAUCAUUUCUUUCGGGAGGUAAAGUACAGAAGAACAAUAAUUUCGUUACUGAUUCGCUAAUACAUCGAUGGGAAAGCUCCUGGCGAAAGGGUGAAAACGAUGAAAGUCAUAAAGGUUUUCUAAAAUUAAGAUCAAUGUUCUACCUUUUGGGUCAUAAGGUGCUCGAUGUCAAGUUCGACAAGUUAGAACAAGUUGGACCUACGAUUGUUAAUCUGCACUUCAAAUUUCAUUUUGCGCUCGAAUUCGAGGGUUGUUAUAUUCAAAACAUCGUUCCAAUUUCAAUCCACAAACAGAAGAUUAUUCAUCAUUUGUACAUGAAAUCUUCUUUAAUCUCUCCAAUAGUUUCUCAGUUUUUCCUCAGAAUUGAGGACAUCAUGUUUUUAAGAGACAUUGAAAUUUGGAGCAACAAGAUUUACCUUCCUAAUCCUAAAUUGGUCAAAGAAGAGGCUCAAAUCCAAUCGUUUCGCCGUUGGUACUCACAAUUUUUCAGCAAACAAUCAGGACCAACAAUCAAGUUCGAGGAUCAAUGGUAAACUCACAAAUAUAAGUGACAAAUCAACAAAAGCUCAGCUUAAUUGUCACAUUCACCUCACCUCAUUUAUGGACGAUCAACUUUUUAUCGAUAAUUAUGUUGAACUUAUUUCAAUCAAAUGUAUCAGUUCAUUUUAUAGUCAAAAUGAUUAAAUCAUUCAGAACACUAUCAAGCUAAUUCUCUGAUAAAUGUAUGAAAAAUUAAUUAAUUUGCAUGUUUAAACAAAUUAGUCAAUAAUAGCCAAUUAAUUCCAAUCUUAAUUAACAAUUAAACUCGAUGUUGACCCAAAGAUGAAAUCAUAAGAGGUAAUCAUCACUUUCUAUUGGUAAACUUUAGACACAACCGGUCGAGGGUAUUUAUGAAUACCCCAGAAAUAUUUG